AUGGCUAAAAAGAAGUCGGACUCGAAAUCGGAAGGAUCCAUGCCGGAAGGCGACUACGAGAGAGGAAAAAAAAUUUUCAAGCAACGCUGUGAACAAUGCCAUACGAUCACCUCACUUCAAACCAAAACGGGUCCAACUUUGAAUGGAGUCAUUGGCCGAACCUCUGGCACUGUGCCAGGAUUCGAUUAUUCGGCUGCCAACAAAAGUAAGGGUGUCGUCUGGAACCAGAAGACGCUUUUCGAAUAUCUCGCCGAUCCGAAAAAAUACAUUCCGGGAACCAAGAUGGUGUUCGCUGGAUUGAAGAAGGCCGACGAGCGCGCGGAUCUCAUCAAGUUCAUUGAGGUCGAAGGUGGCAAAAAGCCACAAUAA